CCCCACCCAAAACCAUCUGAUCAGUCAUAGCCCAAACAUGGGCAUUUUCAGCAGCGGCGCCAUCCCUGUGGAACAGCCUUCCAGAGGAGUGCACUGCUAAAGCUGUGAUGAAAUGGAGCCCGGGACAAAUUCUUUCCGAGUGGAGUUCCCCGAUUUCUCUAGCACCAUUCUGCAGAAACUGAAUCAGCAGCGCCAGCAAGGGCAGCUCUGUGAUGUUUCUAUUGUAGUCCAGGGUCAUCUCUUCCGAGCUCAUAAAGCUGUCCUGGCAGCCAGCUCCCCUUACUUCUGUGACCAAGUACUCUUGAAAAACAGCCGCCGAAUUGUCCUGCCCGAUGUCAUGAAUCCUAGAGUAUUUGAGAACAUCCUUUUAUCAUCUUACACUGGGAAGCUGGUGAUGCCUGCUCCAGAGAUUGUCAGCUAUCUGACAGCGGCGAGCUUCCUUCAGAUGUGGCACGUAGUGGACAAAUGCACAGAGGUGUUGGAGGGGAAUCCAUCCAUCCUUUGUCAAAAGCUGAAUCGCAGUAAUGACCACCAGUCUCCAAGCAGUAGUAGUUACAAUGGCCUUGUUGAGAGCUUUGAGUUGGGAACUGCAGGACAAACAGACUUUCAUAAAGCCCAGGAACUGCGGGACGGUGAUAAUGAAGAGGAAAGCUCUAAAGACGAGCUGUCAUCUCAGCUGACGGAACACGAGUAUCUUCCCAGCAACUCUUCUACGGAACAUGACCGGCUGAGCACAGGGAUGACCAGCCAAGAUGGGGAAGAAGGAGCUAGUGAUGGUGCUGAAUACCAGUACAACAGGCCCAUCUAUAGCAAGCCCAGCAUAAUGUCUCACAAACGGUGGGUCCAUGUGAAACCCGAGAGGUUUGUGCAGGACUGUGAAGGGGCGGAGGCACACACUGCUUAUGAUGAGCAGCAGGUCUCCGAGUCCAUGAAUGCUGUACGGGUGGACCCCUCAAUCCAGACUUCCAGCUCUGGAGACUUCCAUGUCGCUGUGAAAAAAAUGGAAACAGAGUUUGAGCAAGCCGAUGAAAGCAAUUACGAUGAGCAAGUUGACUUCUAUGGCUCUUCCAUGGAAGAGUUCUCUGGGGAAAGAGCCGACGGAAACCUAAGCAUCCACAGGCAGGAAGGCGCAGUUGCUGCAGGUUAUGGGGAAAGCCUUGAUGUGCCCUCAGGAAUCAAAGAAGAAAAUGCCCUUUCUGGGUUUUCUACGGCUGAUAAGCUGUACCCUUGUCAGUGCGGCAAAAGUUUCACGCACAAGAGCCAGAGGGACCGCCAUAUGAGCAUGCACCUAGGCCUCCGGCCUUACGGGUGUGGCGUGUGCGGUAAGAAGUUCAAAAUGAAGCAUCACCUGGUUGGCCACAUGAAAAUCCACACAGGCAUCAAGCCUUACGAGUGUAACAUAUGUGGGAAAAGGUUUAUGUGGAGGGACAGUUUUCAUCGGCACGUAACAUCUUGUACCAAGUCGUAUCAGGCCUGUAAGGUGGAACAGAACACUACUGAGAUGAACUGAAAGGGAGAGAGUGCGCAUAGCUGUUCA